AAAGUCAACGGUUGAAUUGCAUAUCGCGUGCAGUCGCUAACGCACGACACGCUGGCGCGUAAUAUUGGUCCAGUGGAGCCUCUCUACCAAGAGCGCACACCGCUCAGAACCACUGUACAAUGCGGCUAUCGUGGACGUGUACCGGGCAGCUCCUGGUGCUGCUGCUCUCGGUGCUUCGUUUUUCAGCAGCAGCAGCCAAUCUCGCAAACAACAAAACGCUAGCGAAACUCACCGGACAGUUGCAGUCCGCAUCCUUCACCCACACCGAGCUGCUGAUAGGUGCGACAGCCGAAAUCCUACUGCAGCACUACACCACCUUGACCAGCAAGCAGCUGUACGUGCGCUGGGAGGAUGGCGCUUCAGGCCCGCUAGUCGACGAGAUCCUGCGACGCACCGCCACCCAUCUGUCCGUGCUGGUCGAGCGGGAUCCACCGGUGACGCCGGCCGACGGGCUCGACCAGUCCCACCACCCGCAGCUGCGCCUGCUCAACCUGCUGCUCGUGACGGACCGCGCCGAGUUCGAUCACGUUGUCGCCGGCCUUACCGACGAGCUGUACGACUAUUCCGGCCUCUACACGGUGCUGCUGGUCGGUGCGUCCAGCAAGCGCCAGCACCUGGAAACGGCCGGCAUCAUCCUGCGCACCCUCUGGGCACUGUACAUCGUGAACGUGGUGGUGCUGAUAGGGGACGGGCGACAGCAGCAGGCGGACGGUGACGAUGACGACGAUGACGUGCGGCUCUACACGUACUUCCCGUACGGCGAGGAUUACUGCGAGCGUGCCCUGCCCGUGGUGUGGAACGUGUACGAACGGGGCGUCGGCUUUGUGCAUCGCGAGCACAGCCCGUUCCCCCCGAAGCUGGACAACUUUUACCAUUGCCCGCUGGCGGUGGCCACCUUUCCCGUGUAUCCCUUCAUCAUACCGAGCGCGAUGAUGGCGGACCUAUGGCCGGGUCAUCCCGAGCGCACCGAGCAGGAGGAGGAGGAGGACCUGAAAGGCAUCGAGGCGAUGGUGCUGCGGACGCUGCGCCAGCGGCUCAACUUUCGGCUGCAGCUGAUGAACGUCGAUCCGCCCGACUGGGGAACGGCUGGGCCGCGCGAUCAGGCCACCGGAGCCUCCGCUUACGUAAGUAGUACCGAAGAGCCCGAGAAACCGUGUCCUUCUGCUUCGCAAAGAACUGCUGUGCAAACUCCUAACCUCACAAAACAGAUUCGACAUCUUCGCGCGAACCUAACGAUCGGCUACUGGGCGACGACCCUGCACCGCAACCGGUACAUGGCGAGCAGCUUCGCCUACUACACCUCCCAGCUGGUGCUGGCCGUACCGCCCGGCGCACCGUACACCUCGCUGGAGCUGCUCCGCUGCCCGCUCGCCAAACCGAUCUGGACGUUUCUGCUCUGCUCGCUCGCGGCCGGGCUGGCCGUGAUCGGGUUGCUCCAGUGGGCCGGGUCGCCCACCGCCCGGCACUUCGUGCUCGGGCACGACGCGCCCAACCGCGCCUGGCCGGCCAUGAUCGCCGUGCUGCUCGGUGCCGGCCUGUCCCGUGCGCCCCGGGGCAGCUUCGCCCGCGCCCUGCUGCUCUGCUGGCUCGCCGGCACGCUGGUGCUGCGCAGCGCCUACACCGGCUCGAUGAUACGGUUUCUCCAGUCCGACCGCAAUCACACCGUGCCGGCCAACCUGCCGGCCCUGCUGGACGCCGGCUACCAGCCGUACAUGUACCGGAACUACAGCUUCGUCUUCGACGCUUACCCGCACAUCGGGCGGCGCGUCCAGCUUGUCACCGCGCACCAGUUCCGCACGGCGAUUGUCCGCCGGCUGCAGCGGCCGGGCGCGCGGCUCUGCGUACUGCUGCCGCUCGAAACGGUCACGUUUCUGAACCGGAAUCUGACGCGCACCGGCCAGCUGCUGCGCAUUGCGCGCGAGCGCGUAACCGUCGCCAAGCUGGCCAUCUACACGCAGCGGACGUCCGCGCUGCUCGGGCCGCUGAACAAGCUGCUGGAGCGGUUCGUCGCCUCCGGGCUGCUGCACCGGUGGGCCGCCCAGUACCACCAGCUGCGGUUCCUGGCCAACCCGUACCAGUACCGCGGCCGGCAGCAGCUCGUGCUCGCCGACAUGGACGGCCCGUUCGAAAUACUGCUGGUCGGGCUGGGCCUAGGCGCCGGCACCUUUCUCAUCGAGCUCGUCGUUGGGCGUUGGGAGGGGGGGGGGACGCAAAAAACGCCAAAGCGGCGAGCAGAACAGCAGAACAAAAAACCGGACGGCCGUGUGUCUCUCAUCGUGUGUCACCGAAGCCGGACAGUGGAAAGGAUUCAAGUUCACUGCUUCACCGUGACCAUGUGCAACGAACACUUGCGUUUCGUCAUGCUGCUGCUGCUGCUGCUAGUGACGCUGCAACAGCACACGGCCGGCAGUGCCAUCGCCGACGAACGGCCCAAUCACAUCGACCGCUGGGUUUCCUGUAUCGGUGAGAUAGUGCUGGCCAAUGCCGACACCUUCCGGCACGAGCUAAACAUCUUCACGCUGGGUGGAGGGGAGACAGAAGAAGAGAGCCUACAUUUCGAGCACGAUCUACUGGAUCGACUCUUGGCACGGUUGGUGUACCAACACGCCGGCAAAAAACCGUUCACCUUCAACCUCGCGCCGUACGAUCGCACGGUCAGCUACAACCAGCGCAACCUGGUCCUGAUCCUGCUGCACGAUCUGCGCCAGCUCGAGCAGCACCUGCUGCCCCAGCUGGCGGCGAAGAAUGUGGAACAACGCGGCUACUUCCUGCUGCUGCUGGUGCCUUCCAACGCAACAACGACGACCACCGCGGAGAAGCACGUUGCCGCCACGUUUCGGCUGCUCUGGAGCGUCCGCCUGCACAACGUGGUGCUGGCGCUGGAACGACGACGCCCGACGACCCGGAUAGACCUGCUCGCGUACGACCCGUACGGCCCGGGGUGCUGCGGCUGCAGCCGUCCCCGCCUGCUCGCCCACUGCAACGCGCCACCCCCGCCACUGUACGAUCGGUUCGGGCGCAACCUGCACGGCUGCCAGCUGCGCAUCGCGUCGUUCGAGCGGGCCCCCUUCCUGGAGUUUGUGCACCGGCCGGGACGGAACGGGACGGCCACCGCCACCCCGAAGCUGACCGGCAUCGAGGGCAAUCUGGUGGAGCUGCUGGCCGCGCACCUCAACUUUCGCGUCGCGAUCGUGCAGCCGGCGGACGGGCGGACCUGGGGCCGCAUCUACCCGAACGGCACGGCGAACGGGGCGCUCGGGCUGCUGCUGAACGGCACCGUCCACAUGACGGUCGGCGGCUACUUCCCCUACCCGGCCCUGCUCGCCGCCACCACGCAGACGCACCACUACUACACGGCCGAGCUGGUGCUGGCCGUGCCGGAGGAGCUCGCGACGCUCAGCCCGCUCGAGCAGCUGCUCAAACCGUUCCAGCCCGCCAUCUGGACGGUGGUGGCGGUCGAGCUGGCGAUCGGGGCGCUCGGGGCGCUGCACCGCCGCCACCGCCUCCUGCACUUCUGGCGCACCGUCAUCGGCGAGUCGCUGCCGGGGCGCACCGUCCCACGCCGCACCGUGGCCCGGCUCGCCCUGCUGCUCUGGGUCGUGCAUGCCGCGCUGCUGCGCGAAUCGUACAAGGGCUCGCUGGUGGGCUUCCUGACCGAGCCGAACCCGCUCGCCGACAUCCACAGCCUGGAGGCGCUGGUGCAGGCCGGCUACCGGUUCGUGAUGACCGAAACGGUCUACCACACCGUGUUCGACCGGUCGAGCACGAACCGUCGGCCGCUCGCCCCGCACCAGGUGCUGCUGAUCAAGUCGGCCGACCGGCAGGCGCUGCUCGAGCGCACCAUCCGCAGCCGGGACCGGCUCGCCUUCACCAGCACCCGCGAGGAGAUCGUGAAGUUUAACUCGCGCAACCGGACGGACAUCAACUACCGCACGUCGGACGAGACGCUGCUGACGUUCCACUUCGCGAUGUACUUCAAGCGGUCAAGCCCGAUCGCGGCCGCGUGCGACUGGUACAUACGGCGCGUCGUCGCGACCGGCUUCGUCGCCCGCUGGCACCACCAGCAUCUCGAUCUGCGGUUCGAGCGGCCGACGCUCGCGGGCAGCGGCCAGGCGGAGGUACUGCAGCUGCACCAUCUGCACGGCAGCUACCUGCUGCUGGCCGCCGGGCUGCUGCUUGCCACCGCCAUCUUUACCCUGGAGCUGCUGUGGGGUAGGUGGUGCGAGCGGAGGCGUCGACCCAACUACCCCGGACCGUACCCUUACCUGCACGAGCUGAGUCGACAGUACCCGGCAGUAGGCCGGCGUAAACGUACGCGGCGCAUCGCCUAGCGCGUUGCCAUUAGACGUUUCCCUAUAUACUUAUGAGCGCUAUCCCUCUCUCUUCAUCUCUCUGGCUUAAUUCAAAAC